ACCUAGACACCUUCAAUUAAAACCCCUCUCACUCCCCUCCGUCUCUUCCACCACCUCCACCUCCGCAGCAACACAAAACAACACCAUUAAUUAAGAGAGGUGGUGUUGUUGUUGUUGUCGUCGUUCAUGGUGCUCAUGGAGCACUCCCCGAGCUCCCUCCUCCGCCUCCUCUUCCUCCUCCUCGCCUCCCUCCUCCGCCACCCCGCCCGCUCCCUCCUCCUCGUCCGCUGGCUCCUCGCCAACCCGGACGCCCGCUCCUUCCCCCUCGACGCCGCCUUCUUCAACGUCGCCCUCAAGUCCCUCCGCGCCGCCCGCCGCUGGGACCUCGCCGAGCCCCUCGCCGCCGACAUGCUCGCCGCCGGCGUCCCCCCCGACAACAUCACCUACUCCACCCUCAUCUCCGCCGCCCGCCGCUGCCGCCGCCUCGACCGCUCCGUCCACUGGUUCGAGCGCAUGUACGCCGCCGGCGUCGUCCCCGACGAGGUCACCUACUCCGCCGCCCUCGACGCCUACGCCCGCCUCGGCCGCCGCCACCAGGUCGCCGCCCUCUACGACCGCGCCCGCGCCGCCGGCUGGCGCCCCGACGCCGUCGCCUUCGCCGUCCUCGCCCGCAUGUACGGCGAGGCCGCCGACUACGACGGCAUCCACUACGUCCUCUCCGAGAUGCGCGCCCUCGGCGUCGCGCCCAACGCCGUCGUCUACAACACCCUGCUCCAGGCGCUCGGCAAGGCCGGCCGGCCGGCGCUCGCCCGCAGCCUGUUCGACGAAAUGCUCCGCUCGGGCCUCAGCCCCAACGAGAAGACGCUCACCGCCAUGAUCAAGAUCUACGGCAAGGCGAGGUGGGGCCGCGACGCUUUGGAGCUUUGGGAGAGAAUGAAAGCGAAUAAGUGGCCGAUGGAUUUCAUACUGUAUAAUACAUUGUUGAGCAUGUGUGCCGAUCUAGGGUUGGAGGACGAGGCGGAGAAGUUGUUCGACGAGAUGAAGCGGUCAGAGGGAGGUAGGGCCCAACCCGAUAGCUGGAGUUAUUCGGCGAUGAUUAAUAUAUACGGUUGCGGGGGGAAAGCCGAGAGGGCGCUGGAGGUGUUUGAGGAAAUGCUUGGUAGAAAAGUCGAGCCGAACAUAAUGUGCUACACCUGCUUGAUACAAUGUCUUGGAAAAGCUGGAAGAGUCGGCGAUGCGGUUAGGGUUUUCGAGACCGCAAUUGAGAGAGGAACAAAGCCGGACGACCGGCUCUGCGGGUGCUUGCUAUCUAUAGUAGCUUUGAGCAGAGAAGAGGAGGUGGGCAUGGUUCUUUCUUGCUUAGAGAAGGCGAAUCCGAGACUUGUUGAGUUCGUUAAGCUGCUAAAAAAAGAAGAGGCUAGCUUUGACGAAAUUAAGGAGGAAUUUCGAGGAAUAAUGAACGAAGCCGAGACGGAGGUGAGGAGACCAUAUUGUAAUUGCUUGAUUGAUAUAUGCAGGAAUCAGAGCUUCCCUCCGCAGAGGGCGAAAGAACUUUUCCAGAUCGGAAUGACAUACGGUUUGUAUGGUAGUUUGCACACGAAGGGUUCGAGCGAAUGGUCGUUGAAUUUGAAGUCGCUUUCGGUCGGUGCGGCGAAGACGGCUUUUGAAGAGUGGAUGAUGAGCUUAUUGAGUGAGCAAGAGGAGGGUCUGCCUGAGUCCUUUUGUGUGUUCACCGGGGCAGGAAAUCACAAGUUCUCGCACGGCUUGGGGAGUGCUUUUAGAUCUCAUUUGGAGAAAUUGGGUGCGCCAUUUUUGAAGAGUGAAGAGAGGAGUGGGAGUUUUGUUGCAUCUAAGGAGGAGGUAGUCUCUUGGUUGCGGUUGGGUAUUUUAUCCCAGAUGUCACUGCACAGAUAAAAGACCUUUGACCCAAGCUAUUAUAUAUGUUUUUUUUUUUUUUACUCGUUGCAUUUUGUCCUUGUAAUGAUUUCUGUUAAGUGUACAACGUAUUGCAGAUGUAGAGCAAAUUUGAUAGUUUUUGUAUUCUUUAGAGUUCCAUUUGAUUAUCUGCAAUGUAACUGUAAUACCAACUUAAUAUGCCAUGCCUCGCAAUCUAGAAGCGUAGUUUGGUGAA